CUAAUUCUUUGUGCCCCUCUCGUCUCAAGUCUCAUACUCUCAUCCUUCUCAGUUCUCACACAGCUUUCAAUCCGACAUCAAUGGCGUUUCCCGGCUCCAGAGCUACUGUACUCGCUCUAACACUCGCCGCCGCCGCGGUGUUUUCUCUAAUCGGAGCAUCUGUCGCGGCGGAAGCGCCUGCUCCGUCUCCGACAUCCGCCGCCGGAUCACUGUCUCCGUCGCCAGCUGCCGCAUGCGCGGCCGUAGCCUUGGCAUCUCUUCUCUUCCGAUCCGCGCUCAGGAUCUGAUCUUCUCGCCGAUCGGAGACUCUCUGCUGUAAUUCGUUUCAUUUUGCGUUUAUAUUUGGAGAAUUUUAUGUGUUUGGAUUGUAUGUACAGAUCUGCUAGUGUGUGUUCUUGCUAUGAUAUUGUAUUUUGUUAAAGGUGAUUGUUAAUAAUUUCGGUUUUGGAGGAUUGAGAUCGUAGGAAUUGAGUUUUCUGACGAGAUUCGUGAUUUGCUUAAGCUUCUGGAUGUGAUUCGUUUUGAGAGAAGGUUUCUGUUUGCCUCUGUUAAUAUGAUGAAAAUGAGUAUUGUUUUCUACUGUUGAAAUUUCUGCAGAUUCCUGAUGAAUAUGAGUAUUGUGUAUCAGUGUAUGGCCUCCAUCCCCAAAUAAUUUCACUUUUUUUUUUAAAAAUAAACAUGUGAAAUUUGCUGCAAAUAAAACUAAGUGUAGAUA